AUCCUGCACACCGUCGUCAUGGCGCACAGACUGAGGUCUCUGAGACGCAAGCUGGAUGCCGUCGCCGCCGGAAGGGACAGACUCCGGUUGAAUCCCAAUGUUUCUCCACCGGCGCAUCCGGCUGCUCCCCCGAAGCGCGAGACCAUCUCGAUGGUCGACGAGGCCAAGACGGUUGGUAGGGCCGCGGACAAGGAGAAGCUCAUGAAGCUGGUGCUUGACUUGACGAGCGAGGAGGACGUGUCCGUCAUCCCCAUCGUCGGCUUCGGCGGCCUCGGCAAGACGACGCUCGCGCAGCUAGUGUUCAACGACCGGAGGGCCAACGACGAGGUGUUCGACCUUCGGAUUUGGGUCUCCAUGUCCGUUGAUUUCAGUCUCAGGAGGCUGAUCCAGCCGAUUGUGAGCGCGACCAAGUUGAAGCGCGAUCUGAGCAGCUUGGAAGCCAUUGCAAAUUUCUUGUCGGAGACGUUCACGGGGAAGAAGUACCUGCUGGUUCUUGACGAUGUGUGGAGCGAGAACCAGGAGGAGUGGGAGAGGCUGAAGCUGCUCCUCAAGGAUGGCAAGCGGGGCAGCAAGAUCAUCGUGACGACACGGAACCGCAAGGUCGGCAUGAUGGUGCGUACUGUGCCUCCAUUCGCGCUCAAAGGCCUCUCCGAUGAUGAUUGUUGGGAGCUGUUCAAGAGAAAGGCUUUUGAGGAAGGGGAGGAGGAUUUGCAUCCCAAGUUGGUCAAGGUAGGGAAGGAGAUUGUCCGGAAAUGCGGUGGUGUGCCGUUGGCAGCCAAGGCUCUUGGGAGCAUUUUGCGGUUCAAGAGGAAUGAGGAAUCAUGGGUAGCUGUGAAGGACAGUGAGAUAUGGCAGCUGGAUAAGGAAGACACAAUCUUGCCGUCUCUCAAGCUUACCUAUGACCAAAUGCCACCUGGUCUAAAGCAGUGCUUUGCGUAUUGCGCAUCAUUUCCUAGAAACCAUGAGAUUGACAGGGACAAGCUUAUUCAGCAAUGGAUUGCUCUUGGCUUUAUUGAACCUGCAAAGUAUGGCUGCCAAUCGGUUUAUGAUCAAGCGAACGACUAUUUUGAGCACUUAUUGUGGAUUUCAUUCCUUCAAGAAGUACAGGAGCACGAUUUAUCGAAGAAAGAAUUAGAAGAAGAUCGCAAUAUUAAGUACAAGAUUCAUGACUUGGUGCAUGACCUUGCUCAAUCUGUUGCCGGGGAUGAAGUCCAGAUCAUCAACUCUAAGAAUGCCAAUGGGGGCACUGAAGCAUGCCACUAUGCAUCAUUGGCUGAUGACAUGGGGGUGCCUAAAGUUCUUUGGAACAUGCUUCAUAAAGUUCGUGCAUUACAUUCCUGGAGUUAUGCUCUUGAUACCCAGUUGCUUCUUUACUUCAGGUGCUUGCGAGUACUAGAUUUGCGAGGCAGCCAAAUUACAGAGCUUCCGCAGUCGGUUGGUAGAUUGAAACACUUGAGGUACUUGGAUCUCUCCUCAACCCCUAUCAGAAGUCUGCCCAAUUGCAUCAGUAACCUCCACAAUCUGCAAACACUUCAUUUGUCGAAUUGUGUUAAUCUAUAUGUGCUUCCCAUGUCAAUAUGCAGUCUUGAGAAUCUAGAAACCUUGAAUCUGUCAUUUUGCCACUUUCAAACCUUACCAGAUUCCAUAGGGCAUCUUCAAAACCUACAAAAUCUGAACAUGUCAUUUUGUAGUUUCCUAUGGACAUUACCCAACUCCAUCGGUGAACUAAAAAAAUUGCAAGCCUUGAAUUUCAAAGGGUGUGUCAUCCUUGAGACUCUUCCUGACACUAUAUGCAGACUGCAAAGUUUGCAUUUCUUGAACCUUUCACGGUGUGGAGUUCUCCGAGCAUUGCCCAAAAAUAUUGGGAAUCUCUCAAAUUUGUUGCACCUGAAUUUAUCGCAAUGCAGUGAUCUUGAGGCAAUCCCGAACUCAAUAGGCUGCAUUACGAGGCUGCAAACUCUGGAUAUGUCUCACUGUAGCAAUUUAUCAGAAUUACCUGGAUCCAUUGGUGGCCUUCUAGAGCUUCAAACUCUCAUUAUAUCACACCAUGCACGCAGUUUGGCAUUGCCCAUAGCAACCAGUCACCUGCCAAUCUUGCAGACAUUAGAUCUCUCAUGGAAUAUCGGUCUGGAAGAAUUGCCUGAAUCAAUUGGGAAUCUUCAUAGUUUGAAGGAGCUUAUUUUGUUCCAGUGCUGGAGUCUUCGUAAGCUACCUGAGUCUAUGUCUGGCCUCAUGAUGUUGGAGAGUUUGAGCCUUGUUGGCUGUGAGGAUCUUGCCAAGCUACCUGACGGCAUGACUACCAUCACCAAUCUGAAGCACCUAAAAAAUGACCAGUGUGGAUCUUUGGAGAGACUGCCUGGUGGAUUUGGGAAAUGGACUAAACUUGAAACAUUAUCGCUGCUCAUUAUAGGUGACACAUGCAGCAGCAUUGCGGAGCUAAAAGACCUAAAUCUUCUGACUGGCUUUCUUAAAAUUGAGUGCUGCUCACAGAAGAAGAAUUUGACAAACGAUGCCAACAGAGCAAACUUGAGGAACAAGAGGAAACUAGGCACCUUGAGUGUGUCAUGGACCAGUUCAUGUUCUUCUGAUGAUCUGAAGAAUGUUGAAACAUUUCUUGAAGUUCUAAUGCCUCCUGAAAACCUUGAGGUCCUUGAAAUAUGUGGCUACAUGGGCACUAAAUUUCCCAGCUGGAUGAUGAAGAGCAUGGAGUCCUGGCUUCCAAAUAUUACCUCCCUCAGUUUAGGAAACAUCCCUAACUGCAUAUGUGUCCCACCUCUUGGCCAUAUUCCCUACCUCCAGUCUCUUGAGCUCCGCCACAUGAGCAGUGUCCGUAACAUGAGUUCUGAAAUACUUACAGCAGGACAGAAAAACACACUAUACCAGUCACUGAAGGAACUCCAUUUUGAAGACAUGCCUGAGCUAGAGAUCUGGCCAACUUCAUUGGCAAUGGAUAGUAACGAGAGUCAACAUGAAAUAUUCAUGUUUCCAGUUCUUAAAACUGUCACUGCUAGUGGAUGUCCAAAGAUGAGGCCGAAUCCAUGCCUCCCAGAUGCUAUAUCCGAUCUGUCACUAUCUAACAGCAGUGAGAUGUUAUCAGUUGGUAGGAUGUUCGGUCCAUCAUCUUCAAAAUUUGCGUCACUUCUUAGGAGACUGUGGAUUACAAAUUGCCAUGCAUCAUCAAAUGAUUGGAAUUUACUUCAGCACAGGCCAAAACUUGAGGAUCUAACUAUCAAGUACUGCGAAAGCCUACAUGUUUUGCCACAGGCCAUCAGGUACCUUAGCAUGCUUCGUAAGCUGAAGAUUGACAAUUGCGCUGAUUUGGAAGUCCUUCCAGAAUGGCUAGGUGAUCUCAUAGCACUUGAAUCUCUGGAGAUAAGCUGCUGCCAAAAGUUGGUCUCGUUACCAGAAGGUUUGCGAUGCUUGACUGCACUGGAAGAGUUGAUUGUCAGUGGUUGUAGCUCUGCACUGGCUGAAAAUUGCAGAAAAGAGACAGGCAAGGAUUGGUUCAAGAUCAGUCAUAUACCAAGUAUCCUCAUCUCGUGACAGGGUGUUCACUGGAAAGGAAUGGAUGAAAUGCAGAGCAUGACAUGCCGACCUACAUGAGGCGAUAGGGGAUUUGGCGCAACGAUAGUCAGUCGCCGCCGAUGGAUGGAUAUACCGCACUCUUGGAUCAGAAUCAGAAGGACUGUCGGGAGUGCGAAGUGACCGCGGCUGGAACAUCGGCAUCAGGGAGGUGACCAUGGCGGCGUCGCUGCCCUCCCUGCAGCGGUGCAGGUUCGUCGCCGUGCGUGCUGAUCCCGGAUGAUGUCCGUGGGCCCCCAUCCUAAUCCCAUACGAUGUUCCCACAAGACUAAAACACAAUCAGGGCAUUCAAGUCUUCUUUGUGUCGUGUUUCGGAACUUGGUUUGAAAGCAACAUUUUGACAUACAUGCUUCUCCAAUGAUGAGAAAAUUUAAUCGAGGCUUCUUUUGAUUUUUUUUUAAA